AUGGAUCCAAGAACCAACAGCAGUGUGUUCUUUCUGCCCGAAGAGAAGUUUGACUUUGAUGUUUCUCUGUCACCUGCAAGCUCCAAAGGUGAUGAAGAUGAGGAUGAGGUGUUUGCGGCCCAGCAGAGCAGCGUCUCUCGGCCUGAGUGGGCGAGCUGGAGCCCGCUGACCGGAGACCAGCUGGAUGUCAUCUGUGAGGAAGCCCAGCGAGUAGCCGACCAGCUGCAGCACGCCGAGCCCCACCGGACCGGACCGGAGCGGCUCCUCCAGCACGCAGCGACCGGAGCGGAGCGGCUCCUCCAGCACGCAGCGACCGGACCGGAACCGUUCCUCCAGGAUGCCGACGCCAAACUGGGCUUCUUGGGUCAGCCGACGGCGCCGCUCAGUCCCAUCAAACGCCAAACCUUCUGUGUGCAGGACAGUCCUCUGAAGCUGCUGCCCCCCGCCAUCCAGCGCCGCCUGCAGGGAGGAAACACAGUCUCCUCCACCCGCACCUCCUCCUCUACCAGACCCAGCACCUCCUCCUCCUCUACCAGACCCAGCACCUCCUCCUACUCUACCAGACCCAGCACCUCCUCCUCUACCAGACCCAGCACCUCCUCCUCCUCUACCAGACCCAGCACCUCCUCCUCUACCAGACCCAGCACCUCCUCCUCCACCAGACCCAACACCUCCUCCUCCUCUACCAGACCCAGCACCUCCUCCAUCUCUACCAGACCCAGCACCUCCUCCUCUACCAGACCCAGCACCUCCUCCUCCACCAGACCCAGCACCUCCUCCUCUGACACUAAGCCCAGGAUGGCGCUGAGAGGAAGGUCGGGGUUCGUGCUGCCGAGUAAACCGGCCGUCCCUUCAACUUCCUGUCAGACCAGAACAGAGAGAAGCAGACUGCAGCCACCCAGCAAAAUGGCGAGUUCUCGUCCCUCCAGCCGAGCCGGGUCAUGUGACGAUCUUCUCUCCGACUCGGCCAGCGACUCCUCGCUCAACUCGAGCAUGCUGGGAAAGCGCCUGCUGGCCCCGCCCACUAAGACUGUGAUGAACCAGUCAGGGAUGAGAGCUCCGCCUCCUCAGAGCAGGAGGGUGAUGGAGAGGAAGAACACCUCCUCCUCCUCUUCUUCCUCCUCCUCAGCGUCUCCAGCUGUAGCUAAACUGAACUCAUCUGUGACCCGCCGUCUGAGUGGCUGCCCCGCCCCCGCCAGCAGACCGGCCAAUCAGAGCAGACCGCACCGCCCCGUCUCCGCUGCUGAGCCGCCUGCCGGCCGCCGCUCUCUGUCCCUGCAGAGCCGGAGACCGUCUGAGGCCGGCCGCUCCACGCCGCUGCAGAGGGCCGAGGCCACGCCCAGGACCGGCUCCGUCGGCGGCUCCGCCCGGAGACAGAGCGGACUGAAGACCUUCAUCCCCCCCACACCCAGCGGAAGAGUCAGAGCGGGUUGCCAUGGAGACGCUGUUUCGUCUCCAGACGUCUCGAAGUCAAUGAGGCCAAAGAGGCUGAUGUCACUGAGCGGCGUGGACAGUCUUCCUCAGAGGCCAGCGGGUCAUGUGACGCCCUCUGCUGGAGGCGGGGGGGCGCGGCGGCCCUCAGCCCUCCCCACUCCGCUGAGACGCAGGAUGUCCUCCAUCCCUGUAGCCACGCCCACCAACCAGCCCCGCCCCCUGCCGCCCAGCUGCAGCCCCGUCCCCACAGACGCACAGGAGGCGGAGCCUGUCGACAUCCAGCCCUUCUCAUUGGAGGAGGAGGAGGCCCCCGCUGCCCAGCCCCCCACCACUCCACAGACUGACCAAUCAGAGAGCAGGGAUCCUGGAUCGCUGACUCAAGAGAGCCAAUCAGAGAGCAGCGAUCCUGUAUCGCUGACUCAAGAGAACCAAUCAGAGAGCAGGGAUUCUGGAUCUCUGACUCAAGAGAGCCAAUCAGAGGGCAGCGAUCCUGGAUCGUUGACUCAAGAGAGCCAAUCAGAGCCGAGCAAGAACCUGAUCGAACUGGAGACGACUGAAGAGAAGAAGAGUGAAGAGGUUCUCCUGUUGGAUCUCACUCCUCCUGCUCCUGCUGCUCUGAAGGAGAAGCUGCUGAUCGACCUGACCAACACCCCCGAGCCGUUCCGCUCCGCCAGCAGCAAGACCUGCACCUCCAAACAGCUGAUCGAUCUCAGCUCUCCUCUCAUCAAAUGGAGUCCAGACGACAAGAAGGAGAACCUGGUCCUCAUAAACCUGUCCUUCUGAUCCUGGACCCUGAUCACCUGGACC